AACAUGGCCGCCGCCUCCCCGUGAGCGCCGCAGCCGCGAGCCAGCCGUUACUGGGCAUGCUCCCCGAGUGCCCCGCACCAGCAUGGCGGUCGUCUUCACGGGGGUGAUUUCAAUUCUCGGUUUUCUGUUAUAGCCGGCUGGUCCUCCUUUCUCUUCAGAAAGCUCUGAGCGCCUGGUGGAGCCGGGGAAAGGGAGGGGGUGCGGGGGUGAAAGGUGAGAGGGGACUGCAGGCAUUCGGGCCGGCUCCUGGCGGGAGGAAGAUGGCUGAGGGCGAGCGGCAGUCGCCGCCAGAUUCUUCGGAGGAUAUCCCUCCAGCCACUCAGAACUUCAUCAUUCCAAAAAAGGAGAUCCACACAGUUCCAGACAUGGGCAAAUGGAAGCGUUCUCAGGCGUACGCUGACUACAUCGGAUUCAUCCUCACGCUCAACGAAGGUGUGAAGGGGAAGAAGCUGACCUUCGAGUACAAAGUCUCUGAGGCCAUUGAGAAACUGGUCACCCUUCUCAACACGCUGGACAGGUGGAUUGAUGAGACCCCUCCGGUGGACCAGCCCUCUCGAUUUGGGAACAAGGCCUACAGGACCUGGUAUGCCAAACUUGACGAGGAAGCAGAAAACUUGGUGGCCACAGUGGUCCCCACCCAUCUGGCAGCUGCCGUGCCUGAGGUGGCUGUUUACCUAAAGGAGUCAGUGGGGAACUCCACACGCAUCGACUAUGGCACAGGACAUGAAGCAGCCUUUGCUGCUUUCCUCUGCUGCCUCUGCAAGAUCGGGGUGCUUCGGGUAGACGACCAAAUAGCCAUCGUCUUCAAGGUGUUUGAUCGGUACCUGGAGGUUAUGCGGAAACUCCAGAAGACAUACAGGAUGGAGCCAGCCGGCAGCCAGGGAGUGUGGGGCCUGGACGACUUUCAGUUUCUGCCCUUCAUCUGGGGUAGCUCGCAGCUGAUAGACCACCCUUAUUUGGAGCCCAGGCACUUUGUCGAUGAGAAGGCUGUGAAUGAGAACCACAAAGACUACAUGUUCCUGGAGUGUAUCCUGUUUAUCACUGAGAUGAAGACAGGCCCCUUUGCAGAGCACUCCAACCAGCUGUGGAACAUCAGCGCUGUGCCCUCCUGGUCCAAAGUGAACCAGGGUCUGAUCCGUAUGUACAAGGCCGAGUGCUUGGAGAAGUUUCCCGUGAUCCAGCACUUCAAGUUCGGGAGCUUGCUGCCCAUCCAUCCGGUCACCUCGUGCUAGGGCCUGAGCAGCCAGGGCCGCCCAGGCCGCAGUUCUGUGCCUGCCCUCCCCCGCCCCAGCUCCGGUCACUCCCUGACCCCUCCCUCUGUUCUUUCUGUUUGCUGAGAGGCUGUCUGCUGGGGUGGGUGGUGAGCAUGGGGUGGAGGGAGGCCCAGGGCCUAAGGCGGAAGGACCCAAAGUGAGGGGAGAAGUGACCACAGGGGGGCCCGUCUUCCCAUGGCGGGAGGGUGCGCUCGGGCCCCAGCCCCACGCUUGGCCUUCCUCUCCUUUCUCUCCUGCCCCGUCCAGCGCGCCACCUGGGCUGGUCUGCACCACUGGCAGGGGAGGGGGUUGCGGUUUCCAUUGCUUUCCUUUCCUAGGUCCUGUUGCCUUUUUAGGGGUUGGGGCAGUUGCUCCCCGUGGGGUGGGUCAGUUUCCUAAGCCAUGUUUGGGUGGGUGUCUGGGGUUCUGAAGACUGGAGGAUGAGGCUGGUGGCCAGCCUCGGGGGGGAGUCGGGGACCAAGAAGCAUUGGGUGUUCUGGCCCGUGACCCUCCCAGCUUCUUCUCACGGCUGCCCCCUGGGCCUGCGGCACCUGUGUCCAGCGCCUCAUCCUGGCUUCUCUGUUCUUUGACCUUUGGCUCUGCUGGGUUUUCUGGCCGUAGCCACUCCUGUCGCCCUCUACAAGGGUGGUCUCUGGAAGCUGCCCUUUGGGUAGGCACUGGGUGUUGCUCACUGGCUGAUGGGUGAGGCCUGCCUUUCUAAAGUUUCUCAGGCUGGGAGGGCGUGGCAGAGACACAGGGAGGGGCUGGGGCCCGCUGUGGUUGUGGGGAACCUGGAUUCCUCCGGAAUCUUAGGUUCUGCUCCCUCCUCCCUGCUGCUUGCUUCUCCAGGGCCCUUUGGCCCUGUUUCCCUGCCCUUCAGGGCAGUGGGUCAGGGGCCGCUGGAGCACUCAGAAGCUCCCCCCCCCAUCCUCCCCUCUCCCUGAACUCACCUACUGGCUCUCCAGGAUGAGGCAGCCAUGGCCCUUCCAAGCCCAGGCUUUGGCUCUGCAGAUUGGCAGGGGCCGGGCUGGGUGAGGGCUUGCUGGCAUGCCAGGCCCUGAGUUUUCUUCUAGGACUGCUCUUGGGCCAGCCUCUUGCAGGCUCUCCCUGGCCCAAGCCCAGGCCUGCCCUUCUCCACUACCCCCAUCCUCUGUCUGGAUCCACAUCUCCUUUGGGAAGGGGGAGCUCCCAAGAAGCACAAUUCAGGGGCUUGACCCUCACAUCUGGGCCGAUGGCCUGGGCAGAGGCCGGGACAGGAACCGCUAGAGUCACAGAAAUCGUUUUCCCAGGAGAGGCCUCAUGCUGGCCUCCCUCCCAGGGUCCAGACCACCACCUUCCUGGCUCCUCUUGCCCUUGCCCCCCUUGCGCCCCACCCCCAGCCCCAUGCGCCUUCAUUGCUGGUUGGAUUAAAGCCUCUGUUUUGCACCUGUCA